AUGUUGGUGCCACCUCUGUCGGAUUCUCAGCAGCUUCCGUGGCACGCCUCGCGGGUAUCUGACCGACAAAGCAUAUGGACCAAGUCCUCGGCUUCUUGGUUUGGGCUCUUGGCUUCGUCAUAUUUCCCCUUCUUCUCGAAGGCGCAUAGGCCCUUUUGCGAGGCCGAUUCUGGGGGUGUUAGCAUCCAGCAUUCUCAUGCCGUGUACCAGGCAAAAUACGCCUCCCCUCAUAGCCUCCUAUUGAACGUGUUGGCGGCCUUGAAAGACGCAUGGAUGGGCCGGUCUGUUGCCGGCGAACAUCCCAAGAUUGUCCGUCGUGGUCUCACGGGCCAAUAUCUUCUUUUCGCCGAGUUAGCGAAUCGUUUCAACCGCCCAUCAAGAGUCGAGUCAAUUGAUCACACCCAGAUUCAUGAAGAGCUUUGA